GAGAGUCCGCCGCUGACAGGAGGAGGCGGGCCGGCGGGGACGGGAGGCCGGAGAGAGCGAGGGCGGGCAGUCACUCACACUCACACACUCAGCAGCAGCAGCACGGGGUACAGAGCCUCCGUGUGCGGAUCCGCGUCCACCCCGCGGGGGGGAGUAAAAGGGAAAGCCGAGACACCCCCCUCCCUCACAUCCCCGCCCGCCCUCCCUCAGUUACCGCCGAGUGGCCCAUGAGGAGCUGGUCCGCCCCGCACGGCGCCCAUGCCCAGCUCCAGGGGCAACGGAUGCGGCCCGAGCGCCGAGCCGUGCGUCCCCGGGCCUGAGUCCCGCACCGAGUCGGCAGCCCCGGGCUGAGUGAGCGACGCCGGGCCUGUGUGUGUCCGCGGGCUUGGGCGGCGGGGGGGUGUCUCCCGCUGCUCCAUCUCCGCCUGUCUCUCACCCCCCUCUGUCCCUGUGCUGCACACACCCCCCUCACCCUCCCCCUCCGGGCGGGAGGUAAUCCCGAAGGUUGCAAGGGGGUGUGGGGAGCGGGGAGUCGGUUUGUCAGUCACUCUCUGCCUCCCCCGAGCCGCGGAAUCACCGCCCGGGCCCCAUGGCUUUCAUCAUGAAGAAGAAGAAGUUCAAGUUCCAGACCAUCUUCAGCCUGGAGGAGCUGGCCGCCGUGCCGUUCGUCAACGGGGUGCUCUUCUGUAAAAUCCGCCUCCUGGAUGGUGGGGAUUUCACCCAGCUUUCAAGCAGGGAGGAAGUUCAAGAGAAUUGUGUUCGUUGGCAGAAGAAAUUCAGUUUCAUUUGCAAGAUGAGUGCAAAUCCAGCAACUGGUGUACUGGAUCCUUGUAUCUGCAGAGUAUCAGUACGAAAGGAACUGAAAGGUGGAAAGGCAUUUUCUAAGCUCGGAUUUGCUGACCUCAACCUAGCGGAGUUUGCAGGUUCAGGCUCCACUGCUCGCUGCUGUUUAUUGGAGGGUUAUGACACAAAGAAUACACGACAGGACAACUCUAUCCUGAAGGUCACUAUAGGCAUGCAACUGUUGUCAGGAGAUCCUUGUUUCAAAACGCCUGCGUGUACUGCCAAGUCUAUUUCAAUACCAGGCCAAGACAGCUCCUUACAGCUGGACUGUAAGGGAGAUGGGACCAUAGACAAUACUGUUGCCUCCGGGGGCUUGCAUUCAGUGAGGCAGCCAAAACCUCGGCCUCCACUCAGUUCAGGUCUGACUGAAGAUGCCGAUCAGACCCCGUCCAGCCCAGAUGAAGUAUUUCAAACUGGUCAUUCUCGGAAUUCCAGCUAUGCCAGUCAGCAUUCAAAAGUGUCAGGUUACAGCACUGAGCACUCUCGGUCCUCUAGCCUUUCGGACCUAACUCACCGGCGUAACACAUCCAGCAGCAGCAGUGCCUCUGGAGGGCUCAGCAUAACCAUUGAGAGCACAGAUGGAGAGAAGGAACACAAAGUGGAGCGACCACCCAGGCCCCCAAGGCCAGCACACCCACCAGAAAGGCCACCCAGGUACACAGCUGUUCUGUUUAAAAGAGGUAGUUCCCUAUCUCUGGAUAGUGCACAUCCUGAUAGCAGGACCCACAGAAGACGAAAAAAGGAAACUGUCGAGAGUCAACCUACUUGGGUUGAUGAUACCAGAAUCGAUGCAGAUGACAUUGUGGAGAAAAUUGUGCAGAGUCAAGAUUUCACAGAUGUCAGUAAUGCUGAAGACAGUAAUUUGAGGCUGUUUGUAAGUAGAGAUGGAACAACAGCACUCGGUGGUAUUCAGCUGGGGAACAGGGUGUCUGCGGGUGUCUUUGAGCCUGUUGUUAUUGAGAGCCGUUGAGAAACUUGAGCCACUCUGCAUCUACUUAACCACUUUCCAUUUGAGCUCCUUGCCUACAGCACAUCUAGUCUUAUCCUUCAGGUCAUGCCACCCACCAGCUCAGCUGGACUGAAGAAGGAGGGUGGCCACUUACAUCAAACAACAGCCCCACUCCCCACCUCAAGAAGUGGCUGAUGUUGAUUCUGACUUCAUUGAAGUAUUUAGGGAAUUGGUUGGGACGUGGCUCCCAUUUUAAAGAAAAGACCUCCCAUUAUUUCUGUUGCAGUGCUUACUGAACCAGUACAGAGAUCAGGAUUUAAUUUCAGAAAUAGUUUGUUUUUGUGACAUUGAAAUGUUGUUCAAGAAAUCCUCUUGAAACACAACAAUUAAUUGCCAAAACACUUGUGGCUGAGUGUUUUUUUAAAGGGGACGGUUUUUCCUUGAAAUAUUGUCCUCCCAGUGUUGUUCCAUGGUAAAGCAGUGCGCUCACUACCCUCCUCCUCGACCAUUUAGAGACCAGGGCUAAAGACUGCACAUCGCACUGUCAAUAUUGCAUAAAGAGGACACUUUUAAAUGCUUUGGAAAAUUUUAUUCUGUUUCGCCCCAGACAUUUAAGUUGCUGUGCGUGUGAGGAAAUCAGUUUGUUUUGAUCCACCAAAAUUGAUUGUGAUUUUGGUUACUAGAAAACACAAAUUUUUCACUUAAUUAUAACAGUUUCAGCAUAAUUGCUGUCAAGUGAAGGAGGUUCAUUUUUUAAAAAAAAUCAAAAUAGUGAUCGUCCCAAUUCUAAAUCAAUGUAUCAACCAUGAUGCUAUUAACGGACACAUCAAAUACGGUGAUGUCUUUGCACGGAGUAUUUGUGUAUCUGUGGGGUGUUGGAUUUCUCUUGAAAUGAAGUAAUAGGAUUUUUUUGUUUCUAUGUCCAGUAGUGACACUUUUUGUGAUUUCUGAUGCUUCUGACUCAUGUCAAGAACUUGACAUAUUCAUGCACAUAUAUUGUUCCUUAAUGCAUGUUGUUGGAACGUAUUUCUUUAUGGGCAUGGAGCAGAUUCGUUCAUGUUCAUAAAUCAGUUGUUUUUUUAUAGUUGAGCUUCAAAAGAAGAUAAAUCCGAUAUAUGUUUUAACCAUACUAUCUGAACGGUUACUAAAAGGCUGGCUUUAAAGACUCCAGUCUAGUGGAGUGCUGUUGCAAUAACAGUAACCUAGUCAGAAGGUAUUCUGAAGAGAAAUGGAUCCUGUGUGCUGUACGAUCUUCUUGCAAAGACUAAUAAUGCACCACUGAACCAGCCACUGGAUGACUAUUAAUACCUUUUAUUUGUGCUCAGCUGUUCAGAAUGGUAGUGGGCAAAUGCUGACCUUGUGGAAAUUCUGAUGUUUCCUUAUUGUUGAAUUAUAUUGGAAGGGACAGCUACUGAUUCCAAACUUUGGUCUUGUCUCAUAAGCCGUUAGUAAGUGGCCUUUAGUACAGGCUUUUCCUGCUUUGAAACAAAGUUACUGUAAAUCUUUGGGGGUGAAAUUUGUUUUUGUUCCAGAUUGAUUAUGGGCCAUUAGAGUACACUUUUACUUCCCAAUCAAUCUGAGGGAUUUGCUAAAGAAGUGCCAUGGAUUUUUGCUACACAGUAUUAACAGCUGGCUGCGUAUUUUGUUCAAUACUGUGCUAGUGCAACACUCGAUUCUAGCCCAUUGAAGUGUCUAGUGAGGAGAAUUGAGAGUUUGGGAAUUGCAGUUCUCCACGUUGCUUGUCUCUGACCUGUUGGGCUGCGAGUGUGUAAUCUGAUGGGUCCAGAUCUUGGUCUAUUCAGGCCUGAGCCAGUUUGCUGCCACUGGUGUAACAAAUGAGUCCAGUGAUUCAUCGCGAGAGGCUGUAGCUCUUUAAAAAUGUCAUUUUCCUGUUCCUGUCUGAACAUGCUGGCUUUGGUUAGCUAUGCACUUUGAAGACUUGUAUAUUUCCUACACUAGCCUUGUCCUCUUGCUUAUUGCAUGCCACUUGUGAAUAUUGUGGCUCAGUUUAACGUAAUGUGAACAGUUAACUUGUCCACUAUCUGUAUCUGUGGUAAAUUUGAGGCCUAAAACUCAAGGCUACAAUGAAUCUUAACUCUUGAUUUUUGUACUGUUUUAAUAACUGUUCUGUGACAACUAGUGUGAGGAAAAUCUUAAGUUUUUUUUAAAUGCAGAGCCAAAAUUAACACUUAACCUGCUGGGAUAUUACCUCUGUUGCACAGACUGGUUCAUAAAUAACAAAAGGUACCACCUUCAAGCAACUAAAAUCUGCAUAUUCGUUCAAAAACAUCUUUCUGGCCCCUCUUAUUUAACCACUGAAGUACAGGUUACUUGAAGAUGCAAAAUAAUGCCCAUUUAGUCAAAUAAUAUAGAAAUAGAAGGUCUUUCAUUUUAAUUAUAAUGAAUCUUGUACUCAGUGUUGACACUGAGAUGUAAAACCCCAUCAAGCUCACCCUCCCGUUUUACUGAGUGGAUGUCUUCUUGACUUCAUGCUAAUCCCCUGCCAAAGCUGGUUCUAUCCAAAACAUGUUUGCAAGUGAGAUUCCUGUGUGUUCAGUAAUUCCAAAGUGAACAAAGUUAACAAUCAGACAAUGCCAGGUUAUAGUCCAACAGGAUUAAUUGGAAGCACUAGCUUUUGGAGUGCAG